AAUGCCAUUCCAGAAACCAGUUGGUGUCAAAGUGGACGGCAAUCAGAUACCACCAAAUUUUAUCCGUCCUCUUCGUGAUAAAAGGGCUUUGAUUGGUCAACGAAUUGUGCUUGAAUGUCAAAUCGACGGACACCCUGAUCCUGUAAUCAAAUGGUUAAAAGAUGGCCAUAAUGUCUCCCAAUGCCCUGAUUAUGAGUUGAGCGAAUUGGGCAAGUCUUAUCGCUUAACUGUGCACAAAGCUCAAGCUGCCGAUUGUGGUCGUUUUACAGUACAGGCAAUGAAUGCUGUAGGAAUAAAGCAGUCAAGUUGUGUAUUAAUUGUUGCUCCUGCACCUACUCCUAUCCCUGGAGCUGUUACUAGCGUAACAAGUUCUCCUGCACCACCACAAACACCCGUCGGGCCCUCGGCUCCUUUGUUUAUUAAAGAACUCAAGCAUCAACCACUACGUCUGGGCAAUGCUUCAGUCUUUGAGGCUAGAGUUGUGGGAGUUCCUUUAUUACAAAUUGAAUGGCGGAAGAAUGGCGAGCCACUUAACAACUACAGGCAAAUAUUUUUAAUCAUAUUUUUUUUCAUUUUCGAAUUUUGUUAUACUCCUAAUAAUUACAACUUUUGA